CACAUUUCUAAGAAUUAUACUCUUAUCCCCAUUUUAGAUUUUCGGUUUCGGAGAGACUUUGCGUUGCAGUUGGACUUGGAACUGGAUUACUCGUUCUCAAUAAAAUCCGGUCACUGGAACACCUGAAUUCGAAUUCCCAAUCCGCCACUAGCGAAACGAACCUAAUCCAUAAGCUUUGGUUCCCUUUACUUUUCUGUGUCUCUGUUACGAACAAACUCUCUGUCAUUGAUUUGAAGCUCUCAUCUGCAGCCCUAACAUCAAGGUACUGUUUUAGUGAUGUCAACGAAGAUAAAUGAGUAGAGAUGAAGGUGACCUGGGUAGCCCUCGUGAUGAGGAUAUGGAUAUCGGAAUCCAAACAUCAGAUAAGUUAGACUUAAACCUGGAUCAGGACUGUCAAAGUCCAAAUGUAGCCCAGGUAAGUGGAAAUCAAUACAGUCUUUGCUCCAAGGAUGAUUCUGUUACAGGUGGAAUACUAAAAAUUGGUACGGAGUUUGAAUCAGAUGAACAUGCUUAUACUUUUUACAACAAGUAUGCCAGAUUGGUCGGUUUCAGUGUUCGGAAGGAUUGGGUAAAUAGGAGUAAGGUGCAUGGUCUAGUAGUCUCUAGAAAAUUUACUUGCUCUAAGGAAGGUUAUCGGCGGAAAGACAAAAGAGAUGCUAAUGUGAAGAAGCACAGAAAGGAAACGAGAACUGGUUGCUUGGCACACAUGAUCAUCACUCGUCAACCUGAUGGUAAAUACCAGGUUACGCAUUUUGAAGCAAAACACAAUCAUGAUGUAAAGCCAAAUAAUGCUCAAACAUUUCAGUUACAGGAGGAAUUAUGUGUUAGUCAAGCUUCCAAAGAUGACUUCUCAAGUAAUUUGGGGAUGGGGUCAAAUUCUACCUUGGAAUUAAUGAACAAAAGAAUUGAAGUAGGUGAAUCUCUUGAUUAUUUAGCCAUGAAUUUCAAGAAUUACCUACAAUCUGAAAGGACAAGAGAUAUGAAAAAGGGAGAUGCAGGACGUUUGCUGCACUAUUUUCAGAGGCAGCACUUUGAAAAUCCAGCAUUCUUUCAUGCGAUACAGGUUGAUAUAGAUGACAAAAUAAGCAACAUUUUUUGGGCUGAUGAUAAAAUGGUAGCUGACUACGAGCACUUUGGGGAUGUAGUUUGUCUGGACACAACUUACCGAAUAAGUAAAGAUAUUCAGCCCUUUGUACAAUUUGUAGGACUGAACCACCACAAUCUUGCUAUCACUUUUGCUGCUGCACUUUUAUUUGAUGACACUGUUGAAUCGCUCAAAUGGCUAUUUACUACCUUCAUAGAGGCAAUGUCUGGAAAGAAGCCAAAAGUCAUCCUCAUAGAUCAAGAUGCAGGAAUUGUUGAAGCAAUUAAUUCUGUCUUGCCAGAAACAAGCCAUCACAUCUGUGUUUGGCAGAUGUACCAAAAUGCUCUCAAGCACCUUAACCAUGCACUGAAGGAUAUUGAAUCUUUCUCCAGUGAUUUUAGAAGUUGUAUCUAUGAUCACAAUGAUGAGGAAGACUUCAUUCAUGCCUGGGAGGCUUUGCUGGAAAAAUAUGAUCUCCAGCAAAAUGAGUGGCUAAGAUGGAUGUUUAGAGAAAAAGAGAAAUGGGCCGUUGUGUAUGGCAGGAACACAUUUUUUGUUGAUGCCAAAGGAUCUCAUGUUGUUGAAGAUUUAUACAAUAACUUCAGAGGUCACUUAAACUCUGACCAAGAUGCACUUCAGUUUUUUAAGGUUUUUGAGAGGAUGGUAGAUGAGCAACGCUUUAAAGAAAUACAAGCUAAUGAUGAGAUGAUUAGAUGCAUGCCAAGGUUAAUUGGGAAUGUAGUCUUGUUAAAGCAUGCUAGUGAUAUUUACACACCAAAGGCAUUUGAAAUAUUUCAGAGGGAAUAUGAGAAGUCUUUAAAUUUUGUUGUCAGCCAGUACAGUGAGAGCGAAAUUUUCCUCGAGUAUAAAGUGAAUACAUUUGGGCGAAGUCGAGAAUACACUGUCACAUUCAAUCCUUCAGAUGACACUGUCAUUUGCAGUUGUAUGAAAUUUGAGAAUGUUGGGAUUCUGUGUGGCCAUGCUCUGAAAGUGCUUGAUAAUAGGAAUAUAAAGGUGGUUCCAUCCCAAUAUAUCCUGAAGAGGUGGACAAAAGAUGCAAGGACUGGAAGGGUGGGAGAGACUAAAGAGUUUAUUGCACAAGAAAACUCAAAGUUGGUUGCAGCUAGCCGUUACAAAGAGUUGUGCCACAGAAUACUUGCAAUAUCAGCCAGAGCCAUUGAAUCAGAGGACGCGUUUCAGUUUGCUUCAAGACAACUUGAUGACGUAAUUGAAGGGGUGGAGAAGAUAUUGGCUUUUAAAACUGAGGGGGUUCAGGGUAUGAGCUCGAGUAGCACUGCAGCAAAUGUUUCUGAAAGUGAAAACCCAGAGAUUUUCUUGGAUGAGAGAACAAUGGAGGAUCAGGAUAAGGACAACAGAGUAGCGAGAAUAUCAGAAAAGGAGAAUGCUGCCCCUGAUAGGCAACAACAGAAAAAUAUCAUAGAAAAAUGCUCUAGGAAAAAAGGAUUGACGAGUGCACCACCUCCACCAUAUACAAUUAACUUUGUUUCCAGUCCCCCGCAACCAUGUGUUUCAACAGAAGCCCAAACACAUAAUUCUGUCCUGCAGGGUCUGUAUCAGGAGGUCCAGAGCAUGUACCAACAGCAGAAUUCAGUCAUGAACCAUCAAGAUAAUCCCAAUCCAUACCAACAAUCGAAUUUUUACUCUGACCAGCAUGAUUCGCCUCGCCAAACUCCAUUGCUGCAGGUACAUUUGAGUUAUACAUUCAUUGCCAUGGAGGAACAUUUACUUCAUAGCACCACCACAAGUCCUAUACGAACAACGAAUAGUUGAGAUGUGCGAAAUCAAGCAUUAUAAAAUAGGAUAGUUUUGAGCACUAGCAUUUUGUUUUUGGUGCCAGAUUGAAGCUACUUCUUUGUGCUGAAUAAAAUACAAUUCUUUGAUUUUCACGGCAGGCUAUGGAUCUUGAUCUCCAACAUCCACAACCAUCUUCAUUCCUUUGAUUUGAUCACAGAUUGAGAGGUUCAGACGCAUCUUUUCUGGGAUCCAAGUAGAGAUAACGUAUGUGGCAUGCCAUUCUUUUCUGUUAUCUAUAUAUUUUGCCGCUGUACAGCCUCAAAUGCUUCAAUUUUUAAGUUCUGAUAAAUGAGUAUGUUCUAAUAUCUCCUUCUCUCGGCUUCCAUUAGGUCCUGCCCUCCUACGUUUUAUUCAAUCGAAAAUCAUCUUUUCCCUGUUGUUUACAUAA